AUGCGCAACGGCAACGCGAGGAUGGACCUCCUGUGGGCCGAGAAGGGCCCGAACGGCGAAAUCCAGCUGCCGGAAAGCCCAAGGGGCCCGAUGGAGUUUCUCUCUAGGUCGUGGAGCGCCUCGGCCCUCCAGGUCUCCAAGGCCCUCACGCCGGCGAAUCUCUCCUCCUCGCUGGCCCUCCCGAAGUCCGGCGCCGGCGGGAGCGCCGUCGCCGCCGUCAUACCGGAAAAUCCCGCCGGAGAAGAGGAAGAGUCGGCGAAGCUCUCCGGGAACACGUUUUCGUUCGCUUCGUCGGCGACUUCUCAGCUUAUCCUCGAGCGAAUCAUGUCCCAAUCGGAAAUAUCACCGUUGACGUCGGGAAGGCUGUCACAUAGCAGUGGGCCUUUGAAUGGGUGUCUUACUGAAGAAAAUGAGAGCCCGCCGAUUUCGCCGUCUGAGGAGUUUGAGGAUGUCGUUAAGUAUUUGCGGGCAAACAACACUCUGCAACCCUUAUUCACCGGCACGCCCCGCGCCGGCUACAACGGCGGCGGCGCCGGAGGAGCCACCACGCCGGGCGGAAAGACGGUGGGGAGAUGGCUGAAAGAGCGCAGGGAGAAGAAGAAGGAAGAAACCCGUACACAUAACGCGCAGCUGCACGCGGCGGUCUCGGUCGCCGGUGUGGCCGCCGCCAUCGCCGCCAUAGCCGCGGCGACAGCGUCGGCGUCCUCCAAGGGGAAGGACGAGCAGAUGGCGAAGACCGACAUGGCCGUGGCCUCGGCCGCCACGCUGGUCGCCGCGCAGUGCGUGGAGGCGGCGGAGGCCAUGGGCGCCGACCGGGACCACCUCAUGUCCGCCAUCAGCUCCGCCGUAAACGUCAGAUCUCACGGCGACAUAUCCACCCUCACCGCCGCCGCCGCCACAGCUUUGCGAGGGGUGGCGACGCUGAAAGCCAGAGCCUUGAAAGAAGUUUGGAAUGUUGCGGCGGCAAUCCCGAUCGAGAGAGGGCUGAACUUAGGCGGCGCCGCCGCCGGAGGAGGAAAUAACAAUCACAAUAACUUGAGCAGCAAUAGCUCCGGCGGCUACUGUGAAGAAUUAGUGCCUGAAGAGAAUUUUUUGGCUGCCUGCAAUCAGGAAAUGCUUGCUAGAGGCACUGAGCUUCUCAAGAGAACUCGUAAAGGUGAUCUACACUGGAAGAUUGUGUCUGUUUAUAUUCACAGGAGUGGAAACGUGAUGCUGAAGAUGAAGAGCAAACAUGUAGCAAGUACCAUCACCAAGAAGAAGAAAAAUAUUGUUGUGGAUGUUUGUAAGGACAUGCCCGCAUGGCCGGGCCGACAUUUGUUCGAGGAUGGAGAGAAAAGGCGGUAUUUCGGGCUAAAAACGCAGGUUCGUGGAGUGGUCGAGUUUGAGUGCAAGAACGCAAGAGAGUACGAAAUGUGGACACAAGGCGUUUCGAGGCUUCUUGCGUUUGUUGCAGAGAAGAAAAAGAAGCAUUAUAAGUAA